AUGGAGAACAAGUGUGGGGUGUUGCUAAAAAUGGUCGUCAUUUCUCUUCUUAGUCUCUUUUUCAUGCUUCAUCUCUCUCCAACUAUGGCUCAAGAAGAAUCUCUAAAGACCAUCGAGAUAGAUGAAAAUCAAAGCAGCUUACCGACAUACAUAGUUCACGUUAAAAGGCCAGAGGGUAGAAUUACUUUGCAAUCAGAAGAGUUGGAUAGCUGGUACGAAUCUUUCUUGCCUUCCACCAGCGAAAGCUCGAACGAGCAACCACGCAUGGUGUAUUCGUUCCGAAAUGUGGUCACCGGUUUUGCAGCAAAAUUGACAGAAGAGGAAGUGAAAGCCAUGGAGAAGAUGGAUGGUUUCAUUUCAGCACGGCCAGAAAGGAUUCUGUCCUUACAUACAACUCACACUCCUGCCUUCUUGGGGUUGCACCAGGGGUUGGGAGUUUGGAAAGAUUCGAAUUUGGGGAAGGGUGCGAUAAUUGGAGUUUUGGACACUGGGAUACUGCCGGAUCAUCCUUCAUUUAGUGAUGAAGGAGUGCCUUCUCCCCCUGCUAAAUGGAAAGGCAAGUGUGAAUUCAAUGCGGCGGCGUGCAAUAACAAACUAAUUGGCGCAAGAAGUUUCCAAAAUGGAAGAAAAGUGGUUAUACCGCCAUUUGACGACGCAGGGCAUGGCACCCACACGGCAAGCACUGCAGCGGGAAAUUUUGUUAAAGGUGCCAACGUUUUUGGGAGUGCUAAUGGUAUUGCGGUUGGCAUGGCGCCCUUUGCUCACUUGGCAAUCUACAAAGUAUGUUCCGCAGGCGGAGGUUGUGCCGAGAGUGACAUAUUGGCUGCGAUGGACACUGCCGUUGAGGAUGGUGUGGAUGUGCUUUCCCUCUCUCUUGGUGGAGGCUCUUCUCCUUUCCAUGCCGACGGGAUUGCAUUGGGUGCAUUUGGUGCGAUCCAAAAGGGAAUUUUUGUAAGCUGUUCUGCUGGGAAUGGCGGUCCCUUUUAUGGUUCUUUAUCGAACGAGGCCCCAUGGAUUCUCACAGUUGGAGCGAGCACCAUUGACAGAAGCUUUACGGCAACAGCAAAACUUGGAAACGGGGAUCAAUAUGAUGGCGAAUCCCUAUUCCAGCCUAAAGAUUUCAAUUCAACAUUAUUGCCUCUUGUUUAUGCAGGCGCAAAUGGUAACAUGUCAUCUGCUUUCUGUGCCCCGGGAUCCUUGAAUGACAUUGAUGUGAGAAGAAAAGUAGUGUUGUGUAAGAGAGGAGGGGGGAUUGGAAGAACUGAAAAAGGCCAAGUAGUUGCACUUGCUGGUGGAGCCGCCAUGAUUCUCAUGGACCUAGAGAUCAAUGGCUUUACUACCCCAGCUGAUCCUCACGUACUUCCUGCAACAUUGGUGAACUAUUCUGCGGGUUUGAAAAUCCUAGCCUACAUAAACUCAACCUCCGCACCAACAGCCACAAUCUUGUUUAAAGGAACUGUAAUUGGAGGCUCAUCUGCUCCCAUUGUUGCCUCCUUUUCUUCCAGAGGCCCAAGCGAAGAAAGCCCUGGAAUCUUGAAACCAGACAUCAUUGGACCCGGCGUAAACAUUCUAGCUGCAUGGCCAGUUCCUGUGGACAAUAACACGUAUUCAAAAUCAACAUUUAACGUCAUUUCCGGCACCUCAAUGUCUUGCCCUCACCUCAGUGGCAUUGCAGCUUUGCUCAAGAGCUCCCACCCCAGCUGGUCACCUGCUGCCAUCAAGUCAGCAAUCAUGACCACCGCUGAUGUGCUAAACCUUGGAGGAAAGCCCAUUUUCGACCAAAGGCUUCUUCCUGCUGACAUCUUUGCUACCGGUGCAGGCCAUGUUAACCCAACAAAAGCAAACAACCCGGGGCUUGUUUACGACACCAAACCUGAGGAUUACAUUCCAUAUUUAUGCGGUUUGAACUACACUGACAUACAGGUAGAGCUCAUUGUGCAACGCGCGGUGAACUGCUCGCAAGUAGAAAUCAUAGCGGAAGCAGAGUUAAACUAUCCUUCAUUUUCAAUCGUACUGGGAUCCAGCACUCAGGAUUACACGCGGACGGUGACAAACGUUGGCCUGGCUAAUUCCACUUAUACUCUGGAUCUUCUUGUACCUCAAGGGAUAGGUAUGAGUGUAAAUCCUAACAGGCUUACAUUCACAGAGGCGAACCAGAAGGUGACUUAUUCAGUGGAAUUCAUCCCACAAAGUGGCAGCAUCGGCAAGCCAUUUUCUCAGGGAUACCUGAGAUGGGUUUCUGAUCGUUACUCAGUUACAAGCCCAAUAACUAUCAUUUUUAAAUGA